AUGGCGACGGCCAGGGAGAGGCUCGCCCGCAAGGUUGUCGAGAGGCAGCUCGGCGGUGCGGCUGUAAGCCAGGGCGGUGACGACUAUGACGACGCUGGCUCGGUCAGGACCCUGGGCGCUGACACCGUGGCUACUGGAGUGAGUGGAGCCCCGAGGAAGAGGAAGUCAAAGGCCCAGGAUGCCAAGGAGCAGCAGGAGAAAGCUGCCAAGAUUGCUCGUCAGUCAAGGUCGGUUUGCUGCUUUGGCACCUGCGGCAAGAAGUUGACUGCGAGUGACAAGAGGGAGAACAAGAUAUGCUGCCCAGUCCAUUACAAGCCAUGGGCCAUCGGGUACGCGUACAUGACAGAGGAGGAGGCUGGAACGAAGUACGGCGACGACCCAUCAUUCAGGAAGGCCUUCGACGACUCCUCGAAGUACCUGGUUGACAACGAGAUCGAGGUAGACAGAUUCUCUCCGAAGCAGGUCGAGGAUAGCUCUGAGCAGAAGGCUUCCUGCCAGCGUAUCCUUGGCUUCUGGACUCGCCCUGAGAUCUUUAACAAUUUUAAAUAUAUGCCAGAACAGCUCGGGUACAAGUGCUUCAAGCUGUGGGACGAGUUCGGCACGCCCACCUUGGGCGUUCUCACAAGCGAUCUUGAAGGAGCCCCUCGGACGUUCACAUUCGAGUUCUCCAAGAUGUUGAGUUUGUCGAAUCUUUUGGCCCGCCCAGCCUCUACUAUUCACGAUGGGCAAUGCGAUUUGGUAUACGAGAGUGCCACGGGCAAAUUCCACGGUCAGCUCGACCCCAGCGGCAGCACUAUCAUUUCUAUGAGUACCUUGUUGUCUCGGGCUGCGAAGAAGGAGGCAGAUAAGAAGGAGGCGGAGCGCCAAAAGCAGGAGGAAGAGGAUGCGGAGCUUCGCGCCCUCAGUCUGCAUGACGACUCCAGUCAGCUCGACGAUGGUCGGGGCCCCUCCACGAGGUUCGAGGCUGACGAGUUCGAGAAAGACGCUGACAUCCUGUCCGUUGGGGCCGAGCCUGCUGCUGUGACCCCAGAGAAGCCUCCCUCGAGCGGCCAAGCACUCCGGGCCUUGUCAGGAACAAAAUCCUUGGACAGCCUUCCGGACCCGAGCGUUCAGGAGUGCAUGCCCGAUGUCGCAGAUCUCCUGAAAAGCGACCCUAUCAAAGCGAAGUGGGUGUUGCAGCUGUCAAAGGUCAAUUUCACGAAGGCCCUCGCUGGGAGGACACCUGGCGGCCACGGCAGGGAGAGGAACACGCUGAAGGGAUACAUCACGGAGGCCGAGAACAUGGGGCGAGAGGAGGCAGUCAUGAUGAAGGAGCACCACGACUUGCACAAGCAGUGCGAGCAGUUCUCUACCGAGCAAGGCUGGCUCAAUGCAUCGGACGAGGAGCUUGGUUCGUUCGCGGCUGACCUCAAGAAGCACAACGUCGACCUUCCUACGUCUGCGAAGCUUAGCUGCAUGUCCCGAGCAUUGCGUGAUUGGACGCAGCUUCAGCACAGCAUCGAAGACAAGGCCGCGCAGCUCCUGAGCAUGAUCACUCCGUGGCCCUCGGACGGGGGCAGCGUGGACAGCUUCGACCCCGAGAACCCCCUCGCUCGGCACAUCGAGGGCAGCCCUUCCGAGAAGAUGGAGAGGUUGCGGGAGUGCUUGAUCUCGAAGAUCCUCGCGCCCAUGAUCAGAGAUGGCGCGCCCUCCCAUGACUCGCUGCUGCGAGUCGUCCACGUGGUCUUGGACAUGAUCACGGCUGCUUCUGACAGCAAGCAUAUUGACUUCGAGGUCUACGAGGACCACGCCGACCAGAUGAUGUCUAUGCUUCGGGCGGUCCUGGUUGUGAUGGAAACAGACACCGUGAAGCUCAAGGAGUACAAUGCCACCUCGAAAGACUACGACCGCUUGCAAGAGUCGACAGGGCAAGGCGGGAUGUCCAACGUAUUGACGGCCAUGAAGCAGAUUUCUCACUACAAGGCGCUUCUUGGAGAGUUCAUUCGCACUCGCAAGGAUUGCGAGACCUACUUGCCACGCCUGGAGGAGUAUGAGCAGAAGCUGUCCAGCAAGACCGAGUACAGCUUCCAGGAUGACAUGACCAUGAUCAUGCAGGCGUGGAAUCUCAUUAAGCAGACGCACGGUAAGCUUCGGAAGGGCCAGGGCACCAAGCUCAGAUCCCAGGCCGAGCAGGCUACACUCCAGAUCACGGGCAGCCUUCCAGAUAUGAUCGAGCAGGGCAGGUUCCCGCCCGAGAGGAGUGCUGAGCUCAAGGGGCUGGUGGAUAUCACCUCUCAGAUGUCCUUCGCGCUGCCGAAGCGAGACUUGUUCUCGAGUUAUGUCGUGCGCAUCCAGCAGGAGAACAACAUUGGAAACCACGUCGGCACGAUGAUCAAGUGCAUGCGAGCGUUCCAAUGCGAUGCUGAGCGCGAGACUCGCGCUGCUGACAUCAAAUCUCUUCAUGCCCAAGUCAAGGCGUACAUCGAGUUCGGCGUGCAGUCGUUACCUGAGGACCUGUCAGACAGCAUCGACCAGUUCAUGGUCAAAGUGAUGAUUGCCAUGGGGAGUGGCGAGGACAUGAAUAUGAUUCAGGCCGUGCUCGAAUACAUUCGGUUGGUGUGCGAUCUUGGUCUCGAUCUCAUCGCUUUGAAGGGGGAUUUGUCAGAGCAGAUGGUGCAGUUCAAAGUAUGCCUGACCGAGUUGUCCAACAUCCAGUGGGACCUCGUGGCGGUCGUGGGCUUCAAGAAGCACGGAGCCACGGCGGAGGCCAUGUGGCAGCGCAGCAAGGGCACGUCGGAGCUCGGCCAAUUCGUUGCCGCGAGUGCGGCCAUGACUGAGGCGAGUGCAAAGAUCAAGCUGGACUUCUUCACUCGUUGGCACGCGCAGGUGCAAGAGUUGGCCUUGGAGGUGGCCACAUUUGAUUGCAACUAUCAGGUCGAAGACGCCCUGCAGGCAUGCGAGAAACACUUCUCGCACUCCAUCACCACGGGCGUCGAUGAGGGCUUGUGGCACGACGGCCUCAAUGACGCCACGACCCUCGACCAGUACUUGGAGAAGGCCAAGGAGAGCAUCUUCAAGAUCUGUCGGCCCUCGGCGCUCAAGACUGCGAUUGAUGUGGUGUCGGUGAAGCUUGCGGCGGCCAAGAACAGCCGCGAUCUCCACGGCGACAAGGACGAGGGCCGCCACGCUGCGGUGGAAGACAUCGCUACCAAGCUUGGCCGCGCCAAGGUGACCCAGGCUGAGUGUCUCAUGCUCGUGUGCUGCAGGGACUUCGCCGACACCCCGCUGAAGCUCAAGAGGAACAUCAAGAUCCACCUCAGCAACCUCAGCUCCAAGGAGAGCAGUCUCAUCCCGAAGGGUUUGAUGCGCAUAUUUGAGGAGAAGGCUGAUGUCAAGCGCAAGGCCGCGGCGAUCUGUCUCUGGGUUUUCACGGCGGGGGCGCUGCUCACGUUGCCCAUGUACGACGCCUUCCAGAAGCUCGCGCACAUGUACUAUCUCGAGGACGUGGAGUUCUCCGCGAUCGCGAGCAAUCCGUACUGCCCAAACUUGCUUUUUGGCGCCUGUGUCCACGACUACAGGAAGCCCUGGGAGGACGCAAACCACUGCCAGUUCACCAUGUCCUCGUUGCACAUCGGCUGCGCUAGGACGGGCUUCUUCGGAACUCCCGCAAACGCCAGCCUUGCCCGGCUCAUGACCAUCGCGGGCGCCGCAACUGAUGCCACAUUCUUGCUGUACGCCGACGUGCUGGCGAUACGCUUCUUUCUGGCGGUCGUCGCGCUGCGUUUCGGGGAUUUCCUGAGGCUGGAGCCAGAAGGACCCAUGUGCACCAGGGUGCAAACCCGGGUGCUUGAUGCGUACCCCCUCAAUCAGUCAUUCCCGAUGCGCGAUCAGCAUGUGAUAUCUCGGUGGCUGCAGGGCCUCCUGGACCGUCUCCCAGCAGCAUGCGUGUUCAUUUUGGCCCACAUACUGCUUCUGAUUGGCGCCACGGUGGGCAUGGGGAGUGGACCUGGCUCGGCUAGUGCGUGCCUCGCUUAUAAGGCGCUCCUGUCUGCCAUGGUCCUCGUGGCGUCGGCAGUGGCGGCCCUGAGCUUCUUCGCACACAUGAAGCCGCUCGAGUGGUUGAUGCGGAGCCCGAUGAUCCAGCAGAUGCUCAUGCUGUGCAUGCACCGCCACACAGCGGUGCGCCCCCCGCCCUACUUGUACAUCUCUGACGGCGGACUGCUCGAGGUCCUUGGCGUCCUCCCGCUGCUGCGGAGGCGGCUCGGGCGCAUCGUCGCCUCGGACGCGGCCGAGGACCCGGAGCUCUCCAUGCGCUGCCUUCGCGACACGCUCGCGAUCUGCCGCGCGGAGAACCUCUGCUCGUUCUACGAUCCGCGCGACCCCCGCCGCGACAUGGAGUUCGUGCUGAGGGACUUCCGAGAGGGGACGGAGCCCUUUUCGGGGGGCAUGCACGCCGAUCCCGUGCCCAUGAUUGGCCCGCCGUCCACGAUCGGCGAGUUGGACAGCUGA